GAGUGCUGCAGGGUCUCGUUCUUGGCGCGGAUGGCCGGACAAGAAUAACCAACUUUUUAUCACAAAAACUAUCUCAGUCGUGAGUUUCGUCCCGCUAAGCAAGGCCCGACAAUGCCGGCGUACUUUCAAAGACCGGAGAACGCUCUAAAAAGAGCUAACGAGUUUCUUGAGGUUGGCAAGAAGCAGCCAGCUUUGGAUGUCCUGUACGAUGUCAUCAAGAGCAAAAAGCAUCGAACAUGGCAGAAGAUCCACGAGCCGAUCAUGCUCAAAUACCUGGAGCUUUGUGUGGACCUGCGCAAGAGCCACCUGGCCAAGGAAGGGCUUUACCAGUACAAGAACAUCUGCCAGCAGGUCAAUAUAAAGUCUCUGGAGGAUGUGGUUCGUGCCUACCUGAAACUAGCAGAGGAGAAGACUGAGACUGCUAAGGAGGAGUCUCAGCAAAUGGUAUUGGACAUUGAGGAUCUGGAUAACAUUCAGACCCCAGAAAGUGUGCUGCUAAGCGCUGUGAGUGGAGAGGACACUCAGGAUCGUACUGACCGACUGCUGCUCACUCCUUGGGUGAAAUUCCUGUGGGAGUCAUAUCGCCAGUGUCUGGACCUGCUUAGAAACAACUCCAAAGUGGAGCGUCUCUAUCAUGACAUUGCGCAACAAGCUUUCAAGUUCUGCCUGCAGUACACACGUAAGGCGGAGUUCCGCAAGCUGUGUGAUAACCUGCGCAUGCACCUGGGACAGAUCCAGAGACACCACAACCAAAGCACAGCCAUUAACCUGAACAACCCUGAGAGCCAGUCUAUGCACCUGGAGACUCGUCUGGUGCAGCUGGACAGCGCAAUCAGCAUGGAACUGUGGCAGGAAGCUUUUAAGGCAGUGGAGGACAUCCACGGUCUGUUUGCCCUUUCUAAGAAGCCCCCUAAGCCUCAACUUAUGGCUAACUACUAUAACAAGGUGUCAACAGUGUUCUGGAAGUCUGGUAAUGCUCUGUUCCAUGCCUGUACACUGCACCGGCUUUACCAUCUUUCCAGAGAGAUGAGAAAGAACCUGACACCAGAGGAGAUGCAGAGGAUGUCUACUCGUGUGCUGUUGGCCACUCUGUCCAUUCCCAUAACCCCAGAGCGUACUGAUAUUGCCCGCCUUUUGGAUAUGGAUGGCAUAAUUGUGGAGAAGCAACGCAGACUGGCCACUUUGCUUGGUCUGCAGUCUCCACCAACUCGUCAGAGCCUCAUCAAUGACAUGGUGAGGUUCAACCUUCUUCAAUACAUCAUCCCUGAAGUCAAGGAGUUGUACAGCUGGCUGGAGGUGGACUUCCACCCACUCAAACUGUGUGGAAGAGUUACCAAGGUACUGAACUGGGUAAGGGAUCAUGCUGAAAAGGAAGCUGACCUGCAACAAUACGUUCCACACUUGCAGAACAACACCAUCCUCAGGCUUCUGCAGCAGGUGGCUCAAAUCUACCAGAGCAUCGAAUUCAGCAGACUUGCCUCCCUUGUGCCAUUUGUGGAUGCCUUCCAGCUGGAACGCUCUAUCGUAGAUGCUGCCCGCCACUGUGAUCUGCAGGUGCGCAUUGACCAUACAACCCGAACCCUAAGCUUUGGGUCGGACCUGAACUAUUCAACAAAAGAAGAUGCUCCUGUUGGACCGUUUUUGCAAAACAUGCCUUCUGAGCAGAUUCGUAACCAGCUCACUGCCAUGUCCUCUGCUUUGGCCAAGGCUAUCCAGAUCAUCAAACCAGCCUCCAUUCUGCAAGAGCGUGAGGAACAGAGUCAGCAGGCCAUUGCUGCGUACCUGAAGAAUGCUCGGAAAGAGCACCAGCGAAUCCUGACUCGCCGUCAGACCAUUGAGGAACGCAAGGAGCGCUUGGAGAGCCUCAACAUCCAGCGUGAGAAGGAGGAACUGGAGCAGCGCGAGGCCGAGCUGCAGAAGGUUCGCAAGGCCGAGGAGGAGCGCCUGCGCCAGGAGGCCAAGGAGAGGGAGAAGGAGCGCAUCAUGCAGGAGCAUGAACAGAUCAAAAAGAAGACGGUGCGAGAGCGCCUUGAGCAGAUCAAGAAAACUGAACUGGGAGCCAAAGCUUUCAAAGACAUUGAUAUUGAGGAUCUGGAGGAGUUGGAUCCUGACUUCAUCAUGGCCAAGCAGGUGGAGCAGCUUGAGAAAGAGAAGAAGGAGCUACAGGAGCGUUUGAAGAAUCAGGAGAAAAAGAUCGACUACUUUGAAAGAGCUAAACGUCUAGAGGAAAUCCCCCUAAUCAAGAAGGCCUAUGAGGAGCAGCGCAUCAAAGACAUGGAGCUGUGGGAGCUUCAGGAGGAGGAGAGGAUCAGCAACAUGAAAGUGGAGCGUGAGAAGGCUCUGGAACACAAGAAGAGGAUGUCGAGGAUGAUGGAAGAUAAGGAGAACUUUGUAUCUAAAAUAACAGCUGCCCGAAGCUUCAUCUAUGAGGAAAAACUCAAGCAUUUCCAGGAGCACUUUGUGGAGGAGAGAAAGAAGCGCCUGGAGGACCGCAAGAAACAGCGCACGGAGGAACGAAGAAAUGCUUUCUAUCACCAGAAAGAGGAGGAGGAGCAGAGGAUCCACGAGGAACAGUUGAAAAAAGAGCGCGAGGAUCGUGAGCGUCUAGAGCAGGAACAGAGGGAGGAGGAGGAGCGCGAGUACCAGGAGCGACUCCGAAAGCUUGAGGAGCAGGAAAGGAAGCAGCGUGCCCGGCAGCAGGAAAUCGAGGAGCGCGAGCGCCGCAAAGAAGAGGAGAUAAGGAGACCACCAGAAGAGAACUCCAACAAAGACUGGGCUGAGAAGGAGGAGGGUGGCUGGAGAAAACGUACAGAAACUAAUGACUCAGAAUGGCGUCGACCAGUUUCAGAAAACAAAGAAUGGCGUCAGGAAGGCCGCGAAGAGCAGGAGCAUGAGGAGCACGAGCCACCUCCCAGGAGAAUAGGAGAUGGUCCCCGUCGAGGACCUUCAGACGACAAAGGUAUUCGCCGCGGCUUUGAAGACGAUCGCGGUCCCAGGCGAGGCUUUGACGACGAGCGCGGACCCAGACGAGGCUUUGACGACGAGCGCGGCCCCAGACGUGGUUUGGAUGAGGACCGCGGCCCAAGGCGAGGCUUUGACGACGACCGUGGCAGCAGAAGAGAUGAUGACCGUGGCCCUCGCCGUGGUAUGGAUGACGAUCGGGGUUCAAGAAGAGGCUUCGAUGAUGACCGUGGUCCCUGGCGGGGUAUGGAUGAACCCAGAGGCCCCAGGCGGGGUGCCGAUGAUGACUGGGGCCCAAGGAGAGGAGGUGAUGAUGAUGAGAGAGGAGGCAGAAGGGGCAUGGAUGACUCGGGCCCACGCCAUGGCGAUGACGCUCGUCCAUGGAAACCUUUGGGCAGACCAGGUGGAUGGAGAGAGAGGGAGAAGGCCCGUGAGGAAAGCUGGGGUCCACCACGUGACACUGGGGCUUGUGAUGAUGAUGAUGAUGGUGGUGAUCAAAAUCGUGAUGGAGACGAUCAUAAUGAGGGAGACCGUUUCCGAGAUCGCCGUCCCCCAAGGGAAGAGGGAGGAGGCUGGAGAAGGGGUGGAACAGACGAGGCCAGCAGCUGGCGAGACAGCCGCCGUGAAGACGUUGACCGUGGUGAACGACGUGACCACAGAGAUGACCGGGAUCGUGAUCAUAGAGGCCCAAACAGAGAUAAUGAUGAGGGGGGAUCCUGGCGGCGUGGCGGUGAAGAUCGCCGUGAUGAACGCAAGGAAGAUCGGGAAGCUCCUCCCAGAGCUCGGGAAUGUGACGGGGAGAGAAGCUCCUGGCGUACUGAGAAAGAUCAGGACAACGCGCGCCGCACCAAGAACGAAGCUGACGACGACGGCUGGACCACCGUGCGCCGCUGAUCUCUCUCGGUUCUCUUCUAAAGUCCUCCACAGCCAAAAUCUAUUUUCUGUUUCUCUUAUCGCUUUGGCAUUGUGGCAAAUGGUAACCAGUGUAUCACAUAAUUGCACUUGAUUGGAACUGUCAUGCCAAACGUAAUGACCAUUUAUUCUCUCCUGCCUCCUUUGCCUCUUUUUUCUUCUGAAUUCUAG